AUGUUUGGUAGUUUCCUCUUGUUGACUGUGACAGGAACACCCAUCCCAAAUAUAUCGGACAAUGAGGACGAAGACAUGCCCGAUGCAACUCCCGCAGAUCCCAAAACACCCCAAGAUGAUGAAGAGGAAGAAAACGAAGGUGACGAAGAGAAUCAAGACGCGGAAGAUGCUCCCACCCCGUCACGAGGCUCCGAACAAGCGUCGCGCUCGGCCACCCCUCGUCGGGGCUCAGCACGACCGUCUCUACAAUUUGGCCGGCGGAAACGACUAGGAAGGCCGCCAAAAAACAAACCGCCUGUGUCUGAUGACGACAAUAACGAUGCUGGUUCAGAGAUCAGCACGCCGAAACGGAGGGGAGGAUUUCGCGGACAUCGUGGAGGACGAUGGGGAAAAUCGAGAGGCGGCGGAGCGAGAACAGCUGCACCACUCGAUGCGAAUGGAAACCCUAUGGAGAUAGUCAACGAUGAAGUUGAAUUACCGGAAGAUCCCGAAGGAGAGACCAAAGUCGAUAAAAAUGGCGAGCUCCUUGGUGGACGCGAAUAUCGAGUGCGGACAUUUACCAUUAUGGGGAGAGAUGAUCGACUUUACAUGCUUUCGACAGAGCCUGCUCGGUGCAUUGGGUUCCGCGAUUCAUAUUUGUUCUUUCAGAAACACCCGCAUCUUUACAAGAUCAUUAUUGACGACGACGAAAAACGAGACCUCAUUGAUCGAGAUGUCAUACCACAUUCCUACAAAGGCCGCGCGAUCGGUGUUGUGACUGCUCGAUCUGUGUUCCGGGAGUUUGGCGCCAAGAUUGUCAUUGGAGGGAAGAAGGUCAUAGACGACUACCAAACUCAGCAGGCACGAGAACGCGGAGAUGUCGAGGGUGAGCUUGCUGUUCCUGAAGACCGGCUGCCUCCGCCCGGGGAACCCUACAACCGCAAUCAAUAUGUCGCGUGGCAUGGUGCUAGCGCCGUAUAUCAUACCAAUGCGCCCAGCAUGCCGAAUCAGGCAGUCAAGGCCCAGGAUGCUAAACGACGCAAGAUCGUUGUGACAAGUGACAAUUGGAUGUUGGAACACGCAAGAGAAGCAAGUCGCUUCAACUCGAUGCUAGCAGCGGCGCGGAGCACCAACGUGGAUGGGGUGUACGAUAUUCACACCAAUUCAAUGCACUGGCCAAGCCACAUGCAACCAACUCAUGCUCGAUGGGACGUUGUCGAUGAUGAGAACGAUGUCGAGAGCGCUGAGAAUACAUCUACGCUUCCUCGCCUGGACCCUGUCUUUGGCAGAAACUUUCGAAUUCACGACCUUUGUCUUGAAUCAGCUCCCGAGUCAUGGCUUGGGAGGCCUGGCCCCGAUGGAGAUGGUGAAGGCCUGUCCACAAUCCCUUCGACAGUACUAGAAGAACUGCCUGCAGAUUGUCUGGUUCCUUUCGAGGAGGCCAAGGCUCGUGAAGCUAAUUGGAGAAGCAAGUGGCAUUCAGAGCAGGUCGGUGGCUUACGCGCACGGCUGCUGCCGUCAGUGGAUUGGUAUCCUAAGUGA